GGAUGCAACAAAAUACAUUCGCAACUUCAAGGAGUUGCGAUGGCUCGGAAACUAUUAAGCCUAGUUGCGUGCUUGUGCUGGCUGCUUGCCGGGACGCAAGCCGAUUCGGCCAAGAACAAGGCGAAGGAACAGGACGAGAACUGGUGGCGCCAUGAGGUCUUCUAUCAGAUCUAUCCCAGAUCCUUCAUGGACAGCAACGGCGAUGGCAUCGGCGAUCUUAAGGGCAUCACCUCCAAGCUGUCGUACUUCGUGGAGACAGGCAUCACGGCCAUUUGGCUGAGUCCCAUUUACAGGUCGCCCAUGGUUGACUUUGGCUACGACAUCUCUGACUACAGGGACAUUCAUCCGGACUACGGCACCUUGGACGACUUUGACGAGCUGAUCGCCACCGCCACCAAGCUGGGCAUUAAGGUCAUACUCGACUUUGUGCCCAAUCACUCCUCCGAUCAGCACGAAUGGUUCAAGAAGUCCGCUGCUCGAGUGCCUGGCUACGAGGAUUUCUAUGUGUGGGAAGAUGCCAAGCCGGGUGAAGGCGGCGAGGAGCGUGCACCGCCCAACAAUUGGGUGUCUGUGUUCUCUGGCUCCGCCUGGGAAUGGCACGACGAGCGCAAACAAUAUUAUCUGCGUCAAUUCACCAAGGGACAGCCCGAUCUGAACUAUCGCAAUCCGGCUGUGCUGCAGGCCAUGGACGCUGUUCUGUUGUACUGGCUGAAAAGGGGCGUGUCCGGCUUCCGUAUCGAUGCCGUCAUCUAUGUCUACGAGGAUGAAAAGCUCCGCGACGAGCCCUUGAGUGGCAAAACAGCCGAUGCCAACUCCGUUGAUUAUCUGGACCACAUCUACACAAGGAAUCAAGAGGAAUGCUACGGUCUAAUUCAGCACUGGCGGAAACUGCUCGACGACUAUACGGUCAAGAAUCCGGGUCCAGCGCGCAUUAUGAUGACCGAGGGCUAUGCGGAGCUGUCGCAACUGAUGGACUACUACGAGGAUGAGAAUGGCGUGCAGGGCGCCAAUUUUCCCUUCAACUUCGACUUCAUAACCGAGCUGAAUGCGGAGUCUACGGCGCAGGAUUUCGUCUUCUAUAUUCAGAGAUGGUUGAUCUACAUGCCGCCUGGACACGCAGCCAACUGGGUCAUGGGCAAUCACGACAAUCCGCGCGUUGCUUCCCGCUAUGGCGCGCAAUCAGUGGACGCCAUGAAUAUGCUACUGAUGACUCUCCCGGGCAUUGGGAUUACCUACAAUGGCGAGGAGCUGGGCAUGGAGGACUAUCGUGACAUUAGCUGGAACGAUACAGUGGAUCAGCCCGCAUGUGAGGCUGGUGAGGAGAACUACAAGUGGGUUUCACGCGAUCCCGAGCGCACGCCCAUGCAGUGGAGCGAUGAGAAGAAUGCUGGCUUCUCCACGGCCGAUUCCACCUGGCUGCCUGUCCACCCGAACUAUGAGGAGCUGAAUCUCGUCAAUCAGCAGCUGGCUCCGUCUAGCCACUAUAAGGUCUACCAGUCGCUGAUCAAGCUGAGGAGCUCGAAGGUGCUAAAGGACGGCACAUACACAGCCCAGGCUCUGAAUCGACGUGUGUUUGCACUCAAGCGCGAGCUGAAGGGCCAGCCCAGCCUGUUGACCGUCGUGAAUGUGAGCAAUCGCACCCAGCAAGUCGAUGUGAGCAACUUUAUCGAUUUACCCAAUCGUCUGACCCUUCUCGUUGUCGGAGUCAACUCCCAGUACCGAGUGGGCGAGCGUCUCAAGCCAGCUGAAAUCAGAUUGUCACCCCAUGAGGGUCUAGUUAUACAGCUUAGGCCUAGCAAGUAACUGAACAUAUUGCGAGGGCUACAAAUAAAGGUUAUUAUCAAAAAUGUA